GAGAAGAAGCCUUCCUCUGCCGCUCUUGAAUCACAUUACCCAUUUAGACUAUUUGCAUGCGCGAAGCUCACCACCUCCUUUGAGCUCGCAGGACAGUGGGAGAGGAGCUGAAGAUCAGUUGAACUUUAUUCGUGAUAAAGUCGGCUGCGAGCCCGGUUCUGUACCUGAUCUCAAAAUGGCGGCGCCAGCUUCGUUAAUGAGGAUCGUCUUUCCGCUUCUGAGCCGGAAUUCUUCGAACUUUCUGAGAAGCGGAGUCCUUCUCAACGGCCCGCCAAGCUUUUGGCAGCUCGAAUCGGUCUCAAAGUUCUCUACUCUGGUUAGAAGCAGCAAUCUGAGCGGCCUUCCAAAGGCCAACAAGCUAUGGACGAACGAGGCAGCUGAGCUCAUCCCUGAGAGGCUUGUGACGUCAUGUGCCCUUGCUGCAAUCAGCGGAAGGCCAAAGAUCGAGCUGGUACUGGAGAGGGGCGCCCAUAACGAGGCUGGGAAGGUGUACGACGUCCUGUCCGAAGUAAAUUCCGUCGGGCUCGAAAAUCUGGUUCCCGCUGAUGGUACGAAGGAGAGCAUCGUCCGCCAGGAGUGGCCGAGCAAGCUGGAGAGCGGUCUCAACGACAUGAUCAACGUGUCCUACAGCAUCUCGUAUGCUCUGCACGCCCUCUCGAGCUACUGCUCGCGCGACUACGUCAGCCUGCGCGGCCUCGCGCGCUGGUACAUCGACCGCAGCAACCGGGAGCGCGCGGACGCGCUCGAGCUGUCGCGCUAUCAGAGUCUCCGUGGCGGGAAGACGAUGCUCUGCCCCAUCGGCGAGUCCCAGACCGACUUCGACCAUGAUCAAAAGGGCGACGCCCUCUACACGAUGGAGCUGGUUCUUGCCAUGUACAAACUCCAGGAACAGAAAUUCCGAGACCUGGCGCGGCUAGCAGACGAGGAAGGGGAUCAGGAGUUCUCGGACUUCAUCACCGACAGUUUUCUCAGCCACCUGACCGUCCUCGUGAAGAAGACCGCCGGCUACGUGGCGCAGCUGCGCCGCGUCGGCAAGGGGCACGGCACGUGGCACUUCGACCACUACCUGCACAAGAAGCUGGAAGGGGACCACGUGGGGGACGAGUUACGUACCGGGCUGCACGAACUUGAAGGGACGAAGUAGAGGGAGUAACACAUUGACGCUACGUCAAGCUGGAUAUGGCACGAGUGGUUCAAACAUAGACCCGCAAGGUUCAAUAAGUAUGGACCAUCAUGCUAGCGUGUGGCCUGGACAAGCUAUACCUCAAAAAGUUUUAGGAAACAAAUGGUGUGUCUUCAAGGUGCCACGAUUAAGCUUGCUAAUCCAAAGGAGGGUAAAUUUUGGGAUCCUAUAUUGACCAUGGACAGGCGCACCUCCAGGCCCGAAGGUCGAACUCUAUGCUCUAGGCUACCGAAUUUUAGCGGGGUACAAGCAUAUAGAUACUCCGGUAGGCCAGGAUAUAGGAGCCCAGUGCAGGCAAAGCUGAGUACAUACCUCUUGAUGUGCAUCGCCGAUGACGGAACGUAUGCAUUAGGCGAUCUGUCAUUU